ACAGAGGAGCCGCUCCGGUCCGCACCGGGGAUCCACAGAGAGGAGCCGCUCCGGUCCGCACCGGGGAUCCACAGAGAGGAGCCGCUCCGGUCCGCACCGGGGAUCCACCGAGAGGAGCCUUUGUGCAAAAGCAGCCGCAUGGUCAGAAGGCGGCUCCGGUGGCGCAGCGAGGAUCCAGCUACAAAACCCUGAAAGCGAGCGACCGGGAGACGCAUCCCAAGCAGCCGCUGGUGAUUCCUCACGACUACAUGCUGUCUCUGUACUGGUCCCUGUCCAGCGGAGACCUGAACAGCAGCGCUCUGCACGAAGCGGGUCUGGCCAACACCAUCACCAGCUUCGUGGAUAAAGGACAAGAUGAGCGCGGGCCCCAGCUGAGGCGGCAGAGGUAUCACUUCAACAUCAGCUCCCUGGAACGAGACGGGCUCCUGGGGGCCGAGCUACGCAUCCUGAGGAAGCGCCUGUCUGACCCCCGCAGAGCCUCAAUGGGAUCUACGGGCGCAGACGGAGGCAGAGGAGGAGACGGGGGUGGAGGAAGCUCAUCCCCAUGCCUGAAGCUGUACACCUGCGCCUCAGGUAAACAAAAGGCUGCUGUGCUCCAGACUAAGACCACUGAGGAGCUGCUCGGCAGCAGAUGGGAAGUGUUUGACAUAUGGAAACUCUUCAAGGGCUUAAAACACCAGCAGCACCACCACUCCCAGCAGCUGUGCUUUGAACUGGAGGCUCUGGAGCACAGAGGCGGCCGGCCCAUGGAUCUGCGCACGCUCGGGUUCGCACGGCUCGGCCGGACCAACAAGGAAAAGGCCUUCUUCUUGGCGUUUGGCAAAAGCAAGAAGCGUGACCUUUUUUACAACGAGAUCAAAGCCCGGUCAGGUCAUGACAACAAAACCGUCUACGAGUACCUGUUCACCCAGAGACGAAUGCGGCGAGCUCCUGCUGCCCGGGGGGCUAAAAAGCCUCUGCAGCAGCCGCAGUCCAUCCCCCAACACCAGGUGGUGAAGACGAGGCCGCGCUGCAAUCGGAAACACCUCCACGUGAACUUCAAGGAGAUGGGCUGGGACGACUGGAUCAUCGCUCCGCUGGAGUACAACGCGUAUCACUGUGACGGCGCCUGCGACUUCCCCAUCCGCUCGCACCUGGAGCCGACCAACCACGCCAUCAUACAGACCCUCAUCAACUCCAUGGACCCCGAGGCGGCGCCGCCCACCUGCUGCGUCCCCACGCGACUCACCCCCAUCAGUAUACUCUACAUCGACUCGUCCAACAACGUGGUGUACAAGCAGUACGAGGACAUGGUGGUGGAGGCUUGUGGCUGCAGGUAGCAAAGAAAGGCGAGAGACGACGAGAGAGAAAGACACUUCCUGCCCUUCACUUUAAGAAACGACAGAUUUGUUAACGCUGAGGGAGAGAGUUGUUAUUUCAGCUGACGGUGACCGAACUCACUGCUCAGCAACAGACACUAUCCUUCACUCUCAAGUGGUCUGUCAGGCUGCAUACCGAAGACUGUGGGACACUAAGACUAAACAGGGAGAGAUAAACAUGGAGGUGUUGCUCUUUAACGCAACACUCACUGAAACAUGUGUCGUGUUGUUGUUGAACAAGAUGCGUCCAAGAGACCGAACAGAACAGGCGGCUGUUCACAUCUUUAUCGCCCGCUCUAUUGUAUUUUUUAUUCCUCUUCAGAUUUGUAUCUUCGACUGAUCUCGGUGUAAAAAGUUUGUUUGUAACAGAAAUGCUAUUGACACAUGAUUGAAUUAUACUCAAAAAUGCCCUUUUCCAGCACUUACCUGCCGAUGUGCCUUUGGCCUUUCACACACGAGGAGUCGUCCGAGCGCCUGAUCCAAGACUUUUCCAAUAAAGCAUGUGAAGAAUGUCUGAUGUGUAAAUAAAGUGAUGAAGUGCUGAUCUGACCUGAUACAAAUGUGGGAAAGUUGCAUAAAAUGCUCUUCAGAAAAACAGAGAAAGAAAUGUGUAAUUGACUGAGCUCCAAACUCCUCUAUCAGUCUGAACCUGCGUGGACUGAAAUAUCUGAGGAAUUUAACGUUUUCAGAUGCCAAGUAACGAAAGAAUGUUUGGUUUGGAACGUCAGCGUUUCAUUGGUUUAACCAACAGCUGCCGAGU